GCUGCUGUUUUGUGUAUCGUCAUGGUGCUGGUUGUCAUUGUAGCAGUGCUGCUGCUGCUGGUCCAGACUUCGAAAACAUCGGCACAUUACGAGAUGAUGGGGACGUGCCGAAUGGUGUGUGAUCCUCUUAACUCUAAGCCCAGCGCCAACGCUUUGGAAGUUAUGCAGGAUCUGAGUGCCAUGCCGCCUCCACCGUUCGCUCAGGGCAUCAAAGGUGAACCCGGGCGGCCUGGGAAACCUGGACCGAGAGGUCCGCCCGGUGAACCAGGACCGCCCGGUCCAAGAGGACCACCGGGAGAUAAGGGAGAAUCAGGGAGGCCCGGGGUUCCUGGGUUUGUUUCGGGGACUGCAAGGACCGAAACAAGGGACGUUAGCACAGCGAUGUUGGCACAACAAAGCACAAAGAUUGCUUUUUAUGUCGGGCUGAAGAACCCUCAUGAAGGAUAUGAGGUUCUUAAAUUCGACGACGUUGUAACGAAUCUAGGAAACCAUUACGACCCCAAGACCGGCAAAUUUGUGUGUCCAGUGUCCGGGAUCUAUUUCUUCACUUAUCAUGUGCUGAUGAGAGGAGGCGAUGGGACCAGCAUGUGGGCAGACCUAUACAAAAAUGGGCAGGUUCGAGCUAGCGCAAUUGCCCAGGACGCCGACCAGAACUACGACUACGCAGGUAACAGUGUGGUUCUUCACCUUGAUUCCGGAGACGAGAUAUACAUCAAACUGGACGGUGGUAAAGCGCACGGCGGCAACAACAACAAGUACAGCACCUUUUCCGGCUACAUUUUGUAUCCCGACUAA